CCGGCCGGGAGCGAUCACCGGGAACAGUCACCGGGAGCGAUCCCUGGGAGCGAUGUUCCGCCGUCCCCCGCGGAACUUCCGCGGCCGGCGGCGCGCAGCCUCCAGCGGCAGCAGCGAGGGCGAGCCGGAGCCACAGCCGCGGCCGGAGCCGGUCGCCGCCCCAUCUCCAGACUCCGGCGCCACCGGGGCCGCGGCGGGGCCGGGCCGGACAGGGAAGGAGCUGCUGAGCUUCGGCGGCGAGGAGGAGCGGGAAGGUGAAGAGUUUUUCAAAGUUAAAAAGCCAUCUUUCAAUGAAGUAACCUUUAGAAUUCAAAAGAGGGAAAGCCUACUGCCUGCACAGAGAGAAGCUGAAGAAAGCAAAAAGAUCUGCCAGUUGGAGCCUGGAACUGGCAACACCAAAGGCACUUGUGAAGAGGAGGAUGAGGAGAAGGAGGAUGAAACUUAUUCUUCACUGAAUGAGGACUACAAUAGCUCAGACUCUGAAAAUGAUUCCAGCUCUCCACGGAGAAGGAAGGGUUUAUCACCAGGUGAUAUCCCCAGUGCAGCUCACAUUGAGAGCGCUCAGAGGAAACGUCACUUAGCCCGGACCAAGGCUGAUUAUCUUCCACUGGAUGUGUCAAACAGUCACCAGGUCUCUCGGGGUAGAAGAAGAAGCAGUGAUUUUGAGAGUGAGGAUGAGACUGAAACAAAGAAUAUCGAUUUUGCCCCUAAAAUGAAAACUCUUAGGCAGAGGAUGACUGAACAAAUGGUGCCUGUGGGUGAUGGAUCAAGUGAUGAUGAAGCUAAGUGGGAAGAACAGCAAAUAAAGAAAGCUGUUAAACUGUCUCAGGAAACUUAUGAUGAUGCUUCUGUGCAUAAAUAUCAACCAGCUAAACCCAAGUUUGAUACCUCUGUUUCUCUACCACCUGUGAAUUUGGAAAUUGUGAAGAAGCGACUGACUGAAAGGAUAACAUCCUUACAGGAUGUGCACCGUGCCCACCAGAGAGAGUAUGAAAAAUACAUGGAGAACAUGGAGAGCUCGAAGAUGACCGUCCAGGAGUUAGAGAAGCCUUCAGAUGCAGCUCUGAAUUACAAAUUCUACAGGGCCAUGAAAACAUAUGUAGAAAACUUGAUAAACUGUUUGAAUGAAAAACUGAAGGACAUUAAUGAACUGGAAUGGGCUGUACAUGCACUGCUUCAGCAACGAGCCAUGACAGUAUCAAAGAGAAGGCAAGAAGAACUGAAAAAUGAAUCUGCUUAUAUUAAGCAUGUGACAAGUGGGAAUAACAAACCAACAGAAGGUGGCUUGGAAGGUGAUGAGAAGACACAACUUCUGGAAAUGUGUGAGCAUCGAAGGACUUGCAGGCGGCAGGCAAGAGAGCAGGCGGGAGAAGCUGAUCACCACGAGGGCAUGUCCAGUGAUGAUGAGCUGACUCCCACAGAGGUGGGCGACUUCCAGAAGAGCAAAGAUAACGUUUUAGAGGAUAGUAGGAAAGUCUUUGAAGAUGUACAUGCAGAUUUUUGUGACAUCAGAAAAAUCCUGUUGAAAUUCCAGGAAUGGAAAGAGAAGUUUCCUGACUCUUACUGUGAUGCUUAUAUCAGUUUCUGCCUGCCUAAGCUGUUAAAUCCUUUGAUCAGAGUUCAGUUAAUAAGUUGGAAUCCUCUUGAGCAGAAUCUUACAGAAUUGGAAGAGAUGCCCUGGUUCAGAGCUCUAGAAGAAUUCAGUGAUGAAGAAAACGUAUCUGAAUCAAAAAGGGAUAAUGAUCAUGAUCAAGAAGUUUUACCUAAAGUGAUUGAAAAAACUAUUCUUCCCAAAAUUACAGCAUUUGUGAAGAGUGUGUGGGAUCCUUUAUCUACUUCACAGACAAAGAACCUUGUGCAGCUUUGCAGUAACGUCUUUGGAAAACAAGUCCUUUCCAAAAAUGAGUCUAGUCGAGGAAGAGAGGAUUUGAUGAACACAGUUGUCCUAAGAAUGAAGAAAUCUGUAGAGGAAGAUGUCUUUAUUCCUCUCUAUCCUAAAAGCACUGUGGAAGACAAGUCAUCACCAUGUUCAAAAUUUCAAGAAAGACGGUUUUGGUCAGCUGUUAAGCUGCUCUCCAAUGUUGUCCUUUGGGAUGGGAUUGUCCAAGAAGAAAAGGUCCGUGAUUUGGGACUGAGCAAGUUGCUGAAUCGUUACCUUCUCCUGAACAUCAUAAACACACCUCUAGGGCCAGAUAAUAUAGAAAAGUGUAAAAAGGUGGUUGCUUGCCUCCCAGAAAGGUGGUUCCAAGACCUUAAAAGUGGAUCAACUCUCCCCGAAUUAGUGAACUUCUGCCAGCACUUGCUGCAAUGUGCCCGUACUCUACACAAGAACAACCACAGUGAUGAAACAAAAGAAGUUCUUCUCCUGCUAGUUAAAGUUGGAGCUCUGCAUAUUGUUGAAGACUUCAUUGAAGAGCAUAAACUUGAACACCUUAAGUCAAUGAUUGGGAAAUAGAAAUGUUUGAAGCAAUACUUACAUCACUGAAACAAGCCUGCUAUUCACACUAGGCCAGUUCUAAUACAACAUUUAAUUAGUGGAUCCUGCCUACCCAAAGAUGUAAUGGUAAUCACUGUCCUAGUUAAAUAUGUGAGGUGUUUUCCCCAGAUAUCUUCUACUGCCAUUUACUCUUAGGUUAAGGAGUCUUUAGAACUUCCAGUCAUUAAAGUUAAGUGAUGGUUCAAGCAUUCUAAAAUGUAUGACACUGCUUUACUGCUGUAUCCAUCUUGGAAUGAUCCCUGGAAACAGAAAGUGCCUCCUGGUAGACAAUUUAACAAGCUAUUUUCAGUAUUAGUUGCUAAAUGUCAUUCUGACUCAGCAGUCAUUGAGCUCUUCUAACUUGUGGUCCACAGUGAUUUUUGGGAGGGUUAUUUUUAAGCCAUUCCUACUGAAAAAGAAUUCAAAAUACUGGUGGAGUUUGACCUGGUACAGAAACAAGGGGGGCAGUCUGCAGGUAAGGAGUUGGGCUUUUACAACAGAUGUCAUAAUGAGAAAUACAAACCAACUAAUGUUAGUUUCUAGGAACUGUAAUUCUAGGAAACUCUUCUUUUUGCUUCCCAGUAACACUUCUUCAUAUCCUUGUUAGAUUUCUAAUGUUUUAGAACUUUGUAUAUUUACAAGAAAUAUUUUUACAGAAUAACAGAAUAACAUUGUGGAAACUGUAGUGCAUCACAGACUCUAUGUUUACUUGUGGCUCUAUUUCUCCAAAAAUCUUCUAGGACUAGAAUUUAAUUCUUGCAGACUUAAUCCCUUAUGGUUUCUUUUAUAUUUUUUAAGUUAAAAAAAUAUAUUUUUGUAAAAUAUUUUAAUUGUAAAUAGCUUUGAUCAGUGUUAACAGACUUUUUAAAUAAUAUUGUUUUAUUUUGAAAAUAAAAUAUUUUUCUGUGCUAAUGACUCCUGCAGUUCAAAUCUUUCACAUGUGACAAAAACGUUAAGUAUGAAAGAAAACCCUCAGGCUCCACUAACCCUCCUUACCUCUGGGAGUUAUGUUGCAAAUCCUCCUUUCUAAUAUGAAUUUCUGUUGCUUUUCCUCUCAGAAUGACAACAAAAAUGCAACUGCUUAUCAGCAAUCACCACAAGCUCAUGAUCUCAUUGCUUUUCUCUUGUUUUCCUUUGUCUCAUCCCAGUCUUGUGCUAUUGCAAAAAUGUAAGUAAUUGUUCUAUCACAGUUUAGCUCUGUAGAUGUUUGUU